GGGGAGGCAGGAGGGCGAGGCGAGCGCGGUCGCCCACACUCACACGGCAGCCACCUCGGCCGCGGCAGGAACUGAAACCGAGAGCGGCCGGAGCUCGGCGUCCCGGGACGCACAGCCGCGCCGCCCGGCGCGCACCGGCGCCCCUCUGUGCGCGGAGCCCUUCCGAGUGCCGGUAACUCAGGAGGGCUGUGGGGGCCGCGGCGGCUGCGGGGCAAGCACCCAACCCUCCAGAUCUGCCUAUCCUGCAAGGUACUCAACCCUUGGCAGCAAUGACUGACCUCCGGACCACACCUUCUCCUGGAGAACUGACCACCCCACUUCUGCAGGCCACUGAGGCCUUGUCCCCAGAAGCUGAAGAAGCCAGCACAGCACUUAUUGCAGUUGUUAUCACCGUGGUCUUCCUCACCCUGCUCUCGGUCGUGAUCUUGAUCUUCUUUUACCUGUACAAGAACAAAGGCAGCUACGUCACCUACGAACCUGCAGAAGGCGAGCCCAGCACCAUCCUCCAGAUGGAGAGUGACUCAGCCAAGGGCAGAGAGAAGGAGGAGUAUUUCAUCUAAUGAUUCUCAGGCCCCAAGGAGCUAAUUCCUGGCUCCAGUGCUAACACAUCAACUGUUUAAUUUAUUAGAGGAAAGUUUUAUCUGAAGCCAGUGAGUGACAUUGAUGUGGGCAAUUCCAAGCUUCUUCCAGGGCACAGGCCCAAAUGACAACAGAACUGAACUCCCAGUUCAUGACCAGGGACAUGAAAAAAGCUGCUUAUGUCUUUGACCAGACCAUGUAAUAGAGUUGGUGUUUGUGACUCGCCAAGGUGGGGCUAUGCUAGGGAACAUUUGGUAUGUGCCUCAACACAUUGAAGGAAGGAAAAGAAUGUCGCUGGUCAUACUCUGUUCCCUCACCUGGUCACCUAGUUAUAGCCCUAAUGGAAAUAUCCAUAGAAUUUCUUCCCAAUGGUUGGAUUCUGUAGGAAAAGGCCAGGUUAGGAGGGAUAGGAGACUCGGGAUCUUACCUCCUGAUGAAUGUGCUGCAUCCCUUAGUUUCAGCCCCCCUUUCCAUGUUCCCCAAUAACCUUAUACGUAUGCUAUUUUUAGCCAAAUUAAACUUUUUGAUAUAGAAAUCA